AUGUCCCUCGUCGCCGUCCUCGAUCCGCCUAUGCCGUCUUGUGCGGUAUGCGAGCUACCCAGCAUGCUUAGAUGCGCGUACUGCAACUCCGGACCUGCAUACUGUUCGAGUAGUCAUUUCCGUGAGCAUUGGGUUACCCACGCAGUCGUAUGCGACGGGUCCGCGAUCCACCCAGAUUCGCUCGCAGCGGUUGCUCGAGCGACAGACGCCCCUACACCAGGCGCUACGACCCCUGUCGUCGCGGACACGGUGUCAUCCGGGGUCACAGACGCCGAGUCGUAUGAGGUCAUGGACACCGCGACACACAGAUCGACGAACACCACGCUGCGCGAGGUCGCAGACCCGCCUCAGUACCAGGUCACCGACCCCGCACAGCACCAGUUCGCGUACGCAGCGCAUGGCCAAUACACGGACUCCGCGCCAUAUACGCUCUCGGUAUCUAUGGGACAGGUAGUGGGAUGUUAUCUGGGGGCCUAUGCAACGGUGCCUACCUUUGUAUACGUACGGUGCUGUAAUGCGGCCUUCGAUGGAGUGACGCCGCGCACGUAUCCGGACCUGUCGGCCUACUUUCAGUACGGCUAUGGCAGUCUGGUCAUGCACUUCGACGCCCAGCAAGCGCCAUUACCGCAGCCGCUGCACUUCAUCUACUGUGCGCGGUCGUAUGUGGAGAGGAGGUUCCUGAACCAGUCGGUGAGGAUGCUCGUGAGUAGCCGCGGUCAUGAUGCCCCGCGGAGUUGGAAGAAUUGGCCGGGCUCGUUGAUCGUUUUCAAGUACAAGGACGAUAGCUGUACUGUUUAUGAGGACCUGACGCAGAUGGAUUUAGUAUACGUACGUUCAUUCUUCGAGAUGUUUGGCUCGGUUCCUUGA